AUGACUCAACGAAUACAUAAUGACAAAAAUUGGAGCAUAAAUUCUCUGUUACAUACUAUCUACUUGAUGGGCUUACGGAAGCUCAUAUCACCGCUCAGUAACGAUAAUAACAUUGUGUUAGGCACCUGCAAUUUCGCUCUAUUCGGCUGGCGAGAUCCCCAGGCUCAAGGCGGAUAUGGUGUAGAAAGUAGCAGCUGGCGGUCCAUCAUUGAAGCGGGAAACGCUCUAAUGGAUCAGUGCCUUGAUAAAGGAGAUAAGACCGGUGGUCAAAUAAACAUACUGUCGCCUACCCAAAGAAACCCUACUCUCACGCUGUUCAUGUGGCAAUCUGUCGACGCGAAAUUCGAAAAGAAGUUGAACGAGUACGAAAAUGAUCCCUUGAAUGUUGCUCCGCAAAUUGCAAUGUUUGCAACUUCGCAGCAGUCGGGCAACGGGACUGGUAUAAAUCAAGCAGGAGGUAACAGCACAUUUUCUGUGGAGUUGAAUAAUUCGACGACGAGCUCCCUUGGAGAGGACGCUACUGAAUAA